AAAACUCCCAAUGGCAGUUUCUGUAAUCAUCUCCAAAGUUUCAGCGCACUGUGGCCGAGACCAUCUAACCGUUAAACCCAGCGACGGCGAGUCCAAAAUAAAAACCAAACACCCCUAAAAGGAAACACCUUCGCAACCGAACUAGGUCUCGAUUUCCAAUUUCAUCAGAUCUGUCGAUUCAUUCUUAGGGCAAAUCAGAAAACGUAUUUUUCGAUAUAAUUUAUACAACUUUACAUAUAUAUAUAGAUAUCUAUAUAUAAAUAUAUGUAUAUGUAUCCAUCAGAGAUGUUCCGAUUCGAGCAAGAGAAGAUCAGAAAACGGCUACUUUGACAAAUAUAUCUAAAUAUAUACAUACAUAUUUCUCAACCGAUUCAGAGAAAUUUAGGGUUUUUGUUAUGGCCGACGCGCUCUCUGUGAUUUCCGCGUCCGUUCUCCGAAACCUCUCCGACAAGCUGUACGAGAAGCGGAAGAAUGCUGCCCUUGAGGUGGAAGGAAUCGUGAAGCAGCUAGCGGCGGCUGGAGAUCAUGAUAAAAUCAUGGCUGUGAUCAACUUGUUGACUAAUGAGUUCACGUACUCGCCGCAAGCGAAUCACAGGAAGGGAGGAUUGAUUGGAUUAGCUGCUGCAACUGUUGGUUUGACUGCUGAAGCGGCACAGCAUCUUGAGCAAAUUGUUCCGCCUGUGCUUAAUUCUUUUUCCGACCAAGACAGCAGAGUUCGUUAUUAUGCUUGUGAAGCGCUGUAUAACAUUGCAAAGGUUGUGAGAGGAGACUUAAUUGUUUUUUUCAAUCAGAUCUUUGAUGCCUUAUGUAAGCUUUCUGCAGACUCUGAUGCCAACGUACAGAGUGCUGCUCAUCUUUUAGAUAGACUUGUCAAGGACAUUGUCACAGAGAGUGAUCAAUUCAGCAUUGAAGAAUUUAUACCAUUGCUGAGAGAGCGUAUGAAUGUUCUAAAUCCUUACGUCCGCCAAUUUUUGGUAGGGUGGAUAACUGUAUUAGACAGUGUUCCAGAUAUUGAUAUGCUGGGUUUUCUUCCUGAUUUUCUUGAUGGUUUAUUUAACAUGUUAAGCGAUUCUAGCCAUGAAAUUCGGCAACAAGCUGAUUCUGCACUUUCAGAGUUUCUUCAAGAGAUCAAGAACUCCCCAUCUGUAGAUUAUGGUCGAAUGGCUGAAAUACUGGUACAAAGGGCGGGUUCCCCGGAUGAAUUUACACGGCUGACUGCUAUCACUUGGAUAAAUGAAUUUGUUAAACUUGGUGGGGAUCAGCUUGUUCCUUAUUAUGCUGAUAUUCUGGGAGCCAUUUUACCCUGCAUAUCUGAUAAAGAAGAGAAAAUAAGAGUUGUUGCUCGUGAAACCAAUGAAGAACUUCAAGCAAUCAAGGCUGAUCCAGCUGAAGGAUUUGAUGUAGGAGCAAUCCUCUCUAUAGCAAGGAGGCAGUUGUCUAGUGAAUGGGACACCACUCGAAUUGAAGCAUUGCACUGGAUUUCAAUCCUUCUAAAUAGACAUCGUGCUGAGGUUUUGUCAUUUCUGAAUGAUAUUUUUGACACUCUCCUAAAGGCACUAUCAGAUCCUUCUGAUGAGGUAGUGCUAUUGGUGCUCGAAGUGCAUGCAUGCAUAGCCAAAGACCAUCAGCACUUUCGCCAGCUUGUUGUUUUCUUAGUACAUAACUUCCGGGUUGACAUCUCUCUCCUGGAGAAGCGGGGGGCUUUGAUAAUCCGCAGACUGUGUGUUCUUUUAGACGCUGAAAGAGUCUAUCGGGAGCUAUCUACCAUACUUGAGGGUGAAGCUGACCUGGAUUUUGCAUCUAUUAUGGUUCAGGCUUUAAAUUUGAUUUUGCUCACUUCGUCUGAGUUAUCUGUGCUUCGAGAUCUUUUGAAACAAUCACUGGUCAACACUGCUGGGAAAGAUUUGUUUCUUUCUUUGUAUGCUUCAUGGUGCCAUUCACCAAUGGCAAUAAUAAGUCUCUGCUUUUUAGCUCAGACUUACCAGCAUGCAAGUUCUGUCAUUCAAUCUCUGGUCGAGGAAGAUAUCAAUGUCAAACUCUUGGUCCAAUUGGACAAAUUGAUCCACCUACUGGAAACUCCAAUUUUUGCUUAUCUUAGGUUGCAGCUUCUCGAACCUGGAAAGUAUAUAUGGUUAUUAAAAGCCUUAUAUGGUCUUCUAAUGCUGCUUCCCCAGCAAAGUAAGGCCUUCAAGGUUCUACGGACUCGAUUGAAAACCGUACCUUCAUACUCCUUCAACAGUGAGCAGUUCAAGUGGACAUCAUCCUCAGGGAACCCAUACUCACAAAUUCAUCACAUGUCAAGUGGAUCACAAAUCUAUGAAGAUGGUGACAUGAAUGGAGAUUCACAGAAUAAUAAUGGAAUAAACUUCACUUCCAGGCUGCAUCAGUUUGAGAACACACAGCAGCAACAUCGAAUGCAUUCAAGAUCACUGGCACAUUCAAGAUCACUGGCAGUGUCACGCAUCAGUUCUAGUUCGACAACAAAGGAGGUUCAAAAACCAGAAGAACCACGGCGACUUUCACCCGUGCCAGACCUGAGCAGGCCUCCUUCGAGAUCGUCGCAUAGAGGUUAAGGACAAUUACAAGUUUAAAUUAUUUUGCUUUAUGCCCCUAAUCGAGGGUCAUUAUACACCAAUCUCUGUGUUUGCAAGCCCUGAUGAGAUUUGGUAUAAUUUGUAAAUUGUAUAUUCCUAUUAGUUUGUCUUGUUAAAUUCAUACAAAGGUGUAGGGGAUUGUGGGCAUUGAUUUUUAAAUUGAGCUCGAGUUUUCCCGGGCUAUUCUUUCUUUUUGAACUGGGUGCGCUCAUUCGGUUCUAUUAUUUUAUUUUUUUCUGUUGUAAACCAUAUGGUCCAGAGGUUAGACAUUAUUUUUAGGAAAUGCAGUUUGUUUUUAGUUCAUCUGUUAUAACAAUUAAAAUAAAUGAAUAGUCGUAUUUCUGUAUUCA